AUGUUCUCUAGGGCCUCUACAAAUAAGGCGACGACUAACAUCGCAGUUGCCACCACCAGGACAGAUGUCAGGAAGGCAACCAUCACCGUUGCCACCAACAGCAGGACCGGGGCUGGCACGGAUAUCCGUGUCAACACUGCGAUCUCAGGGACGAAAAGGAGGGCACCAACGAGUGCAAGCUCGAACUCAACUCUUGAGACGGAAUCGAAACAGCCCUCCAACAUACCGAUACUGGUAUGGGAUAGAGACCCAAAGAGGAGGCCAGCCACAACUGGCAAGGAAGUAGGCUUCAGAUUAAAGAGAGAGGCAGAGGCAAAGAGGAAAAAGGAGGAGGCGAUAAACUGCCUCGAGAGAGAGGUGGAGGACCUCCGGGGGGGCAUUUUUCGCUUGAUAAGAGACAAGCGCCCCCUCGAGGAGGUGUUCAAGGACACAACAUCGAUGGCGUUGUUGAGGGAGGCUGGGUCGACAGAGCUGACCUCGGAGGCAGGCCGUGCCAUCGGCGCGGUUCGGCUGGUGGCACGAGGGUCAAAGAUGCCCAAGGGGACUUUCGUGUUAUUGCUGAAUCGCGCCGCAGCGGCCUCCGAGGCGGUUCUGUUGACCCUUAUCGCGAGGGUUGCGGCGCAAGAUGGCGGGCAGUUGGCCAUCACGGAGAUCAGCAGGGAGAUGGAGGAAUUGCGGGAGGAGCUUAGAGCUUUAAGGGUGGAGAACUGGCGGCUCCAAGAGGAGCAGAAUGCGGCCAAGUUGGCUGCUGUAACUGCAGGCGAGGACACCUUGGUAGCGGACACAGAAAUGGCCGGAACAUCCAGGUCCCGAAAGAAGAGGAAGACGAUGAGGAGGAGGGUGACUAAGAGCCCGCCCCGGGAGUCUUCCAGUUUGGAGGAAGAGAGAGGAGAGGCUGUCGGAGAAAUAAAAGUUUAUGACGAUAACCUCGACUUAUAUAGAAGAGAGGAGGCCACUACUCUGGUGGCGGCUUACAGGCCACCCAAGAAGAUAGACAUCCAUGUGGACCUGAGAGGCAGCGUGGAUCCGGAGAGUAGAGACCUGGAUCCCCAGGUCCGCCGUAUCAAGCCGGCGGACCUGGGGAUCCCCGGAUCCAUCAAAGUCCGCCGGGCCCUUACGGGGGUUUUACUUAUUGAGGUGCCUGGCCUCAACACCGGGGCGCCCGCCGACCGGCUUGUGGAGGAGCUCUGCAAACUGGUGGCGGAAAAGGUCCCCGAGUAUCGGGUCCAGAGACCGGUGAGGACCGCAGCGUUGCGGAUCACCGGCCUGAACUUGACUGUCGGGGCCCAGGAGGUGGCGGAGGCCGUGUCCCUCGCUGGGGGAUGUUCGCCCAUGGAAGUUUCUGUGAGCGAGCUCAGCGUGGCCCAGCGAGGAACGGCAGCAGUCGUGGUCCGGUGUCCGCAAGUGGCGGCCGCUAAGGUAGUUGCUGCAGAACGGGCCCAGGUUGACUGGACCCGCGCCAGGGUUACGGGGUUGCCUGCUCGCGCCGUGCUGUGCUACAGAUGUCUGGAGCGCGGGCACGUGCGCGAGCAGUGCAGGAAUGCCGUCGACCGCAGUAAUACGUGCUAUCGCAGCGGUAACCCCGGCCACCGUACCAAGGACUCCGAAGGAAGCCCGAAGCAAGCUCCGGAGCAAGGGGACACAGCCAAACCGGGGCCACGAGAGCAGAGGGCUCCGAGAAAGAGAGGGGCGACCAGCGAGGACGUCACUGUUCCAGCGGACCUGGAGAUUGGAGGAGAAACGGGACCGCUGGAAGCCGAAAAGGCCAACCUCGGUCGCGGCCACCGGAUCCAGGACCUAUUGGUCCAUGGGCUAAUAGAACUGGCGGCCGGGCUGGAGGUAGUCACCGAGCCGUCCUGGAUCCCGGUAAACAAUCCCGAAUUGUUCGGGAGUCGGUACGGCUUGGUGGCCAUGAUGGCACAUCCCGCCUCGGGGUCUCCUCCCUGUAAACACAGGAAACAGGGGACCUCGUACAUGUCGGUUGACUGGGGGUCCGUAACAGUGGUGGAGGUAUAUCUCCCUCACUGCAGGAAUAGGGCUGGCCUCGGCGAACUGCCCCCUGUUAUGGGGAUCCUUGACGAGGUCAAGGAUGUGGUGCGGCGGUGCCAUCCCCGACCCGUAGUGGUGGCUGAGACUUCAACGCCCACUCCACGGAGUGGGGUUAUGGUCCCCGGCAGAGGGAUCCCCGGGACGACGCACAGUGUGGCGACUAAUGUAAAUCACGGAACAUAG